GAGGAUUUAAUUCUUCUGCAGCACGUGGCGAAGCACGGGACCCGCAACUGGGGGUCGCUUCAGAUCGGUGGUUUGCUGCCGAUUCGCGAUCAGAAGGCCUGCUGCAACCGAUUUAUCCUUCUGAAAAAGCGUUGCAUCAAGGACAAGCGCAGUCUGUCGCAGCUACUGCAGCGCGCAAAAGACGCCGUCAUUCAUGACGCAGCCAGGAAUGUCAACGCAGCCGCAGCUGGAGCCGCCGGUUCUUCGUUUGUUGUCGGAGCCGCGCAAGCAUCAUCCUUCCACCAUGCUUCUUCGGGAUCGCCGCAUGUCGCGGGUGGUUUCGCCGGAUCGUCCUCAGCCCUUCACGCUGCUGCCGCGGCGCUCAACCCCCUUGAGGUGCUGCCGGCUCUAACUUCGCCCAGCAUCGGCAUCAACAGCCAAUCACGGGGCCAGGCAAGAGAACAGCAGCAGCCACAGCUGCAGUCCGUGCAGCAGGCUCAACAGCAGCAGCAGGUUCAGGAGUUUUCUCAGAGUCUUCCGGUGGACGGGUUGCAGCUGGAUGAGGCGCAACUGGCGUGGCUGAAGCAGGCGCACAUAGAGGCCCAGCGGUUCACGCUCUCUCAAGUGCACGCGAGUAAAGGGGAAGGGCAGGGGCACGGGUUGCAAGGUGGACAGCAGGGAGGGCAGCAGGGGGGACAGCAGGGAGGGGGUAAUAAUGGUGAGGACGUGGGAAGGGGAGGGCAGGGUGCAGGUCAUCAAAGAAGUGAAUGUGCGAACGAUGGGAGGGGGGACGUGGCACAGCAGGAAGAGUCGGGACUGCAAGGCGUGGAUGCACACAAGCAGCAGCAGUUGCAGCAGCAGCAGCAGGGUGCGAGCAUGUCCAUGCAGCUAGCCAACUUGAGGUCGCAGGUGGGUCUCCAGCCGGGGUCGCUGCUCGCCCAAGCGCUCAAGCUCUCCCACCAGCCUUCCUUCGCAGCCGUCUCCAAUCUCCCACUCUUCUCUAAUUUCCGCUCUGCCGCCGCCCCUCACUCCUCCGCGCAACCCACCGAGCCCCAUGCAUCAUCACCCCACGCAGCUACCCUGUCCUCUACCAGCACUGUAGCUGCUGCGGCCGCUGCAGCACCAGCAGGUGCUACAGUGUCAGUGCCCAACUCAUCUAGCCCUGCCUGGAGCGAGCCGGCGUUCCCCACGGUGCAGUCUGGGGAGGUGACGGACCGCUUCUCUUCCUUCAGCGAUUCGCAGUUCGCCUCUGCUGCUGAAAUCGGUGCCACUUCGUCCACCGCUGCUGCUGGCAUGAUGGCGGCUGCUGCACCUGCAGGUCUAAAUGCUGGUCACAGUGGUGCUGUUGGUAGUGGUUCUAGCGGUUUCGGUGGUAGUAAUGUUGGUGGUGGCUUGAGCACUACUAUUCCUGGGGGCAAUGACAGUGGGAAACAAGGGGGCUCAUUCACCACUGUGCUCCGUAUGUCCUCAGCUGCUCUUCAGCACCAGCAACAGCAGCAGAUGCUGCUGCGACAGCAGUGGAGUGGGCAGGCGGGUGGAGGGCAAGAGAGUGCAGCAGCCAGUGCAGAGGCCUCUGUGCAUGUGUGGAGGCCACGGGAAGACACGAGCUGGUUUCAGCAGCUGGGGCAGUCAGGAGCACUUGAUAAGCUUGCUGGAGGCAUCGGUGGAGAGGGUGGAGAGGCUGAAACGUCUGCAGCAGCACCGGCUGCAGGAGGGGGAGCAGGAGCAGAAAAUCACGUGUUUGAAGGGAGGGCUAGUGGGGAACGGGGAGGAGGAAUGCUAUUGCUGGCAGAGCCUGCGUCUGCUGAUGUCAGCAGACUUGACGUACAGAGAGAGCAUCAGCAGCUUCAGUCUGAUGGCAAGAGGCAUGACCAUCUUGCGGAUAGAAGCAAUCCCCCUGUGUUGCAGGAGCAGCAGCAGAAUGAGGCGCGUGGUGUGACUCAUCAACUUGGCCAACAUGCUUCCAUGCUGGGUUUGCAGCAAUCCCGCAGACCAGAUGCAAUCUUGGAAGCCCUCACAUCGGGGUCACAGUCAUGGGUGGGUCAGGCGGGGCGGUGGGUGGAUGAGCAUCAAAUGCAGUGGAGGGCGCAGAAGGCAGGGGAAAAUGCAGCGAUGGGUGUGGGAAUGGCUCAGGCGGAGCAAAAUGCUACACAUGCGGAUAAUCUGGCUGAGGCGGAAAUCCUUCGAGCAUUGCACGCAGAGAUGGAGGACGAUGAGGAGGAAGAGGCGACUCCUGAGACUGAAGAGGUUGAGGGUGACAAUAAUGAAGGCAAAGGCGAAAAGCCCGCAGACGAAACUGCUGAAGGGGGUGAGAUUGAAGAGGAGGAGGAGACAGAGGAAGACCAGCCUUCAGCCUUCGGUACCUGGAAUCUCGGCAGUCUGCUACAAACAAUCGCCACCAAAUCGGAGGAGGUGUUGCGGGAGUACAAGCAGGAGCUGCAGGAGUUCGGCGAGGGGCUCAAGAAGGAGACGGAGGAGCUCGUGGAAACCACUGCCACAACUGUCAGCGACCUGCCUUCCUCGCUCGAGUCCGGCGCCCAAGCGGCUCAGAGCUCACUGGAGGGUGUGGGCCACACAAUCGAGGAGUUCGGUUCGUCUUUAUGGAAAGGCACGACGGAGAUUCUGGCAUCAGUGAAGGAGGCGGUGGCGAUGGUGGAGGAGGAGGUCGCCGCCAACGCUGCUGGCGCCCGCCCCCGCGCGCCCUCUGCUGCUGCUGGACUCGCCUCUGCCAUCCCCAGAGGCAAGUACAGCCGCUAUGAAGCACUGGUGAGCGCCAUGCAGAGGGACAGCAGCACGUACUGUGAUGAGCCAGAGGACACUGAGGACUUUGCCAAGUGGAUUGAAACCUUUGACCUCAAGAACAGGGAGGCAGACGUGGAGGCAGUGCUCAAGGACAACGCGUUCAUGCAGGAGCUGCAGUCACGCAUUGUGCCGUUGAUAGUGGAGAGGGAGACGUUCUGGACGCGCUACUUCUACCGCCUCUACCGCCUGCAGCAGGCCGAGGACGCCCGCGCUGACCUCGUCAAGAGAGCGACGACAUCAGAGGAGGAGGACCUGAGCUGGGAUGUGGAUGACGAUGCAGACGACGCUCAGAGCAGCCCUGCUGCUGCCCACCAUGGCGCCGCGGGUAAAAGUGAUGCUGCUGUUGCGGAUGCAGGUGCCGCUGGAGUUUCUGCAGCGGAUGAUGCUGGUGCUCCUGCUGGUGGUGGUGGUGGUGCUGCUGGCGCUGUUGAUGGCAAUGGCCCUGCUGCCGCCUCGCCUUCUGAUAAACCAGAGGAGGCAACGGCGAAGGUCCCAGCGGAGGAAGAAGCAGCUGCUGGGAUGGAGAAUAGGGCAAAGAGGAGUGGGGAAGCAAAAGACGCAGAAGCAGAGGAGGGUGAGAAGGAGAGAGAUGCAUCGAGUCUAGCUGCAACAUCACUGCAACCAGAACCAAGUAAUCGCAGCAACAGCAGUGACAGCUCAGCAGGCAGUGAGUGGCAAGUUGUGUCUAAAGAUGAUGCUUCUAAGGAGGACGGAUUGAAGGCAUCACAACCCUCUGCUCCUGCUCUUACAACAGCAGCUGAGGCGGCUGCCGCUCCUGCUUCUGACGUGUCAGAACCUGCAGCUCUGGUCUCCCAGCCUGCUGCUGAGCCUACAGUUGCCAGCGGUUCAAAUACAACAAGUGCGGACGGCGAAGGGGCGAAGGAAGAAGGAAACGAUAAAAAGAAUGAGGCAGAGGCGAGGGGAGGGAAGGGCAAGAAGGAAGGUGGAGAUGGAGAGGAGGAUGAGGUAAGCCAGGGAUGA